AUGACCAUUGUGGUUGAACCUGGGCAAGCAGGCUGUUUUUAUCAAAAUUUGUCUGAUAGUGAAGUUAUAAAAAUAGAGUAUAAUGUAAUAGACUCGACACUGGGCGAUUUGUACGUCAACUUCCAUCUUGCUGACCCUGAAGGUGAAAUGAUUGUAGCAGAUUUUAUGAGAUCAGAAAAUGAACAUGAAUACAGCGUAGUUCAUGAAGGAACGUAUCGUUUCUGCUUCGACAAUACUGUCACUAACUACAAUUCAAAAACAGUGGACUUUGAAAUACUAAUAAGAAAUAAAGGACAAAAGCAGCAUGACCAUGACAAUGAGGAGAUGCAGUUAGAAGAUGGAGAAGAUGCAUAUAGUAUGCGACUACAAGAUAUAUAUGAAUCUCUUUCACGCAUAGAAAGAAAUAUAAUCGUUGCGCAGCAGUGUCAAAUGUACCAGGCAGCACGUGGAACCAGGGAUAAACAUAUAAUGGAAGAAAUGCGCUAUAGGGUCUCAAGCUGGUCCAAAUCACUUAUUAUUUUAAUGAUGUUAAUAGGAAUAAUACAGGUCACAAUUGUAAAAAAUCUGUUCAAAGACAGAAAAGUGAUGCAAAGCAGUGGAGAAAGAGAUCGAAAUGUAACGCAGGAGUAA